GAUGAACAAUUCGACACCUCAUCUGCAAGUACCCCUUCCAACCUUUGUAAUCUGGGAAACUGGUACUCUUACAAGUGCAUGUUUCAGACUAUAAUGAACAGGUACCCUAACGCAUCUCCGGCUAUCAAACUCUACCACCUGAAGAAUUCGCUAGUCGGAACUGCUGCCUGUAAAAUCGAUCAAGAAGUCAUUAACAAUAAUGAUUACGCAGCUGCGUGGAAGAUGUUGGAGGAUGCGUACGAAGAUGAACGAUUAAUCAUCGAUACGCACAUUGACGCAUUGUUAAGUUUACAAAGGAUGACGACUGAAAGCGGCGAAGAACUUCGUAAAUUAAUCGAUACCUAGCAUGUUGACGCUCUCAAAAACCGUAAGUUUGAAGUAAGAGGAUUAGCCGAGAUGAUUUUAGUGAAUGUGGUUGCUAAACGUCUGGAUAAAGAAACACUGAAACAGUGGGAGUCGCAGCUAUCCCAGGAGGAGCUGCCCUCAUACAUUGAAAUGAUGGAUUACCUGCGCGAACGAACCCGCAUUCUACAGAAGAUGACUGGUUAUGCAGAACAAAGGCCAUCCAGCGCUCUGAAACCGAGAACCAAGUCAGAACAGAAGAUCCAGCCAGCAAGAAACUUCGUACAGACAAAAGAAUCUUGUUACUGUUGUAAUGGAGACCAUCUCAUUUACAAGUGUGGUCAAUUUAAGGAACUAAACGUAAGUAGUCGAUAUGCCAAGGUGAAACAGGCCGGACUAUGUUUCAAUUGCUUGCGUCAUGGGCAUCGUACAUUGGAUUGUAAUUCUGACAAGACCUGUAAGAGCUGCAAGCGAAAGCAUCAUAGUCUCCUUCAUGAAGAAAAGCCUGUACCUGUGAACCAAUCCGACAACCAGCCUACUGAACAAACUCCGAAGUCUGAUGAUUGUCAAGAAGCAGCUGUGCAAUCUGGAUCAGUAAAUUGUGCAACGUCGCUGAUGAUGACACAACAAGUGUUGCUGUCCACUGCAGAAAUACUUGUUACAGAAGCUGGAAAUAUUAGCUUUCCGUGUCGCGUAUUAUUGGAUUCAGGUUCGGAUUCGAAUUUAAUCUCUGAGCCGUUUGCGAAACGAUUGAAGCUCACCCUAGUAAAAAUCAACAUGCCGAUCAGCGGAUUGAAUAACACUGAAACUCAAGCUAAGUAUAAAAUUUCUACGAAAAUAAGUUCACGAGUCAAUUCUUUUAGCGCUAUUCUGGAGUUCUUGGUUGUACCAACCAUCACAAACUUACCAACGGCCAAAGUAGAUAUUCGAUCCUGGUCGCUACCCGCUAGUCUUGCUCUGGUGGACCCGUCUUUUUAUGUUCCCAAAGAAAUCCAAAUGAUCAUUGGCGCUGAACUAUUUUUCGAUCUCGUAAAAAAUGGACGCAUGAAAUUAGCAGCUGGAAGUCCUAUGCUGGUUGAAACCAACCUGGGAUGGAUUGUCAGUGGUCCCGUAAAGGGUCAGUGGUCCAGUCGUAAAGGAGGUGUUUGUCAACUAAACUUGUGCGAAGAGCAGAUAAACCACACACUUGCAAGAUUUUGGGAAUUGGAAACUGUCCAAGAAGCAUCCCCAUUUACACCUGAAGAACAAGCCAUCGAAAAUCACUUUGUAGAAACUCAUUCUCGUGACGACAUUGGUCGAUAUACUGUACGAUUGCCGUUCAACAAAAACAAGGGUCAACUUGGUGACUCGUUGGAAACUGCUCGAAGUCGAUUCAAUCGACUAUUGCGAUCGUUUGUAGAUACGAACAAACAGAUUCGCUAUACUGAAUUCAUGACAGAAAACCAGACUCUAGGACACAUGGUUGAGGUUUUCGAUAAUCCUAAAGAUGGUUACUUUCUCCCGCAUCACGCGGUGUAUAAGGAGUCUUAAAUUCCGAGCUGAAUACAAUUACAGAAUACAUGUAGAAUUUAGUAUUCAUUACUCUGGCAUUCAUUACUCUGCUGCUGCUGUUUGAAGGUGACUGCUAACCACGAUGUCCGAAAUGCGAAAAAGAACGUUUGAGGUUUUUACAUCCUUAUAGUUUCCUUAUAUUACAUUUUGGUGGGGAAAGGGUUCCAAUCAGCUUU